AGGGCUGCUCGGGGAGAGUCAGUUGACAGAGCCCCGAAGUGGAUGAUGAGACAAGCUGGACGGUACUUGCCUGAGUACUUGGCGAUGCUGAGUCACACGGAUUUCUUCACGGUUUGCAAGACGCCAGAAUUGGCAUGCGAAAUUACGCUGCAGCCGUACCGCAGGUAUCCAAGCCUGGAUUCUUUGAUCAUUUUCUCUGACAUUUUGGUUAUUCCAGUAGCCAUGGGAAUGAACUGCAGGAUGGAGCCCAAGGUUGGUCCUCAAUUCGACUUUGCCCUCGAGACCCCGGAGGACAUGGAGAAGCUGAAUCUGACCCCCGAUGUGGAGGCAACUCUAAGCUAUGUCUUCGAUGCUGUGUAUUGGACACGCCAGCAGGUGAAAAACAAAGUGCCAGUCAUCGGCUUCUCUGGGGCACCAUGGACUCUGAUGGGCUACAUGGUGGAAGGUGGUGCUGUUCGCAGCUUUGAUCGUGCCAAGAAAUGGCUCUACCUUUACCCAGAGGCAUCUCGCAAGCUGCUUUCUGCCCUACGAGAUAUCGUGGUUGAGUAUUUGGUGGGUCAAUUCGAUUCUGGAGCACCGCUGUUGACGGUCUUUGACACCAAUUGCGGUGAGAUCCCACCAAGGCUCUACGACGAGUUCUGUGUGCCUGACUUGAAAUACAUCGCUACAGAGGUGAAAAAGCGACGCCCCGGCGCUCUGGUCUCUGUGUUCCCCAAAGAUGGGGAGAUGGCUACAUUUGAAGACAGCGACUUUGAUGUGGUUGGAGUGAGCUGGACGACGUCUCCGGCGGAGGCGCGGAGAAGUUGUCCGAGCAAGACGCUGCAGGGCAAUCUGGAUCCUCACUUGCUAUAUGCAGACACAGAGCAGAUUCGAGAAAGAACGGUCGCAAUGGUCAAGGAAUUUGGGGUGCCAAAGUACAUUUGCAACCUUGGUCAUGGCAUGGUGCCGACGCAUCCAGUGGAAGGCCCCAAAGCUUUCAUGGAGGCAGUGGACAGCGUGUCCAGCGAGGACGCUCCAUGAAGCCAGGUUUUUUCAACUCAGAGAGCCCGAGUACUCUGCUUUUAC